AUGGUUGUAGUCUCAGCGAUACUUGGAAUUAUUGCUGCUGGUGUUCUGACAGCAGAAGAAGCCAGAGAAAGCGAUUCAAAAAAGACCGACAGUGUUACUUUGGAUGACGAUUCAAAAAAACCGGAGCGAUUGUCCGCUGAAGUUGGUAAUGAAAAAACACUUGAACAAGCAUUAUCUGGCGAUUUUUACGUACAAAUGAAAAAUUCAUUGCGAAACGUGCUGGAUGAUUUUUCGACCGUCCUCGUUAUGCUCUUUCUCAUUCUUGGCUCUCUUUUCACUGUUUGCGUUGUCAGUUUUCAAGUGCACAGUGAAGUUGUCCAUCUCACCAGAUUGGGCUUAGUUGACAAGCUUUAUCAAAUGUGGGAAGACCGUGAUAAAGCGGGAUUAUCAACAUCAUCAGUAGCAGGCAGUGUCAGCGAAAAGGACUGGAUGGGUCAUUUGAAAGGACUUACAAGCAUAAGCACACUGAAGCAGGAGGCAGUGGAAUUGGUGAAAGCGAAUGUUGAUACGAUCAUGAGUAUCGUUUUCUUGACCGCCCUCUAUUACCUACUGGCUAGCAGUCACGAUAUUUGGCUUCCAAUCAAAUGGAUCAGUGAUGCGGUACCACGAUCAUUUGCCACAACUAGUGUAUCCGGUUCCUCACCUGAAAAACCAAGCAAAGCUCUUGAUAUCACCACUGCAAUCGAAAAUGCGAUACGCGGUGUUUUUGUUCUAUCAGCGAAAAUGUCAGUUUUCUAUGGCUUCUAUACGUAUUUCAUCCAUGCAUUGUUCGAUAUCAAUGUUGUCUUCAUACCAUCGAUGCUAGCAGCGAUUUUCGCAGCAAUUCCAAUAAUGGCGCCACAUGUUGUAUGCAUUUUUGGGUUCCUGGAGUUGUAUUUUGCGGAACGUGAAACUGCUGCUGCCAUUCUCUUCGUUUUGGCUAGUUUUGCACCAAAAAUGUUCGCCGAUGCAGCAUUUUAUCGGGAGCUGAGAGGAAGUCAUCCAUACGUCACUGGCCUUGCAAUUAUCGGUGGAAUGUAUUGGCUUGGUUUGCAA